AUGGCAUCCAGCACAGCUCUGCAGAUCGAAGGAGUCAACACUGGAGAUCUCGGGCCAAGUUUGACCUUUUCCCUUCCUGCCAAUAUCCCCUACCCCGAGGGCCGUGUCCCGGCAUCGAAGAUGAAUCUUUCUCAAGACGGAGACAUUAAGCAUGGCAAAGAUUGCGAGUUCCUGGACCAUGCCCUCCAUGGACCGCUUUAUCAAGUUGCAUACAUUGAAGCUUCCACCAUCGAAUAUCCAAGCAAUCACCUCCUCGGCAUUCCUCAGGAAAUUCGCGACACCAUUGUUGGCCUUGUCUUUCCACCCAAGCGGGUCGUUGGCUCUCGGCCUGCGGUUGGCUGUGAGACAUUCCAUUUCGUCUGUCGCCAGACAUAUCACGAAUCAUACAGACGCUUCAAUACUCAACCCACAGUGCUUGUGCCAUCCAACAAGGGGCCGGAAUUCCUGAAGAGGACGCUCAACAUCACGACAAUCAAGAGCAAUGCUUACCGGAGCAUUAAAAGCCUCUAUCUCGAGAUUCCUCAGAACAGCCCCAGCAGUUUCUUCCUCAACGGGGGAGAGGUUUUAAGAUAUUCAGCUCAACUUGAAGAGCUGCACUUGUUCGGUGUCGGACCCGACCGCUAUGGAUCCUCGACAAGUUCCGCCGCUCACCCUUGUGGUAAACACGAUAUGUCGAUCAUGUCUAGAGCCGGCAAGCUACCAAUUGAUGGACAAGGGUAUCGGCGCCGCCUACCUCUGGUCAACGGUAUCCAAUGGCUAGAGAAACUGAAGGUUCUCGCUCUGGAUAACCUCAACCUUCCUCUGACCCGAGCGCAUGUUCUCAUGAACAAGCCACGGCUGGAAUCGUUGCACAUUGCAGCAGACCCACGGUCCGUUCUGCAUGGGGAGGUCCUGGCCAAAAGCCUCUUCUACGCGGGGCAUGGGACAGCUCCUCCCGUCAAGGAACUCCGUGUCGAUGCCAAUUCCAUUCUGACUGCGAGUGGGGUCACCGCCAGGCUGGCUAAGACUUUGGAAAGUCUCGACUUGGUGAUCCCAAAUAUGGCUUAUCAAGUGCAUGCGUACGACGUCAAUUUCUUGCGCGAGGCCAGCAAUCUUCUGAACGAACUCCACAUGGUCGCCGGACGACUGCGCGAACUGAGGAUUUGUGUUCACGGGGCCAUUUCGGAAGAAAACCACCACUACGGGAACUUCAUGGGAGCUCUCAAGCAUUGCGUCUCUCGCAUGAAAUCCCUCAAAGUCAUCGAACUUCAUGUCCAUUGUCAGUCACCCUGGUUUGCUCGAGAAUUCAUUGAGGCCGUCCCUCCGUCCGUCACUCGACUCUACUUCAGCGAUCUCUUCGUCAAACGAGAUGUGCGUGAGCUCUCGAGCUACAUCAGUGAGAAAACCAAGACGCCUUUGCUGUACGCGUGGGAAAUCGAGGAAGCUUUCGCCAUCGGAGAGGAUCUUCAGAGAAAGGAUUACAUCCAAUUCAGCGACAAUCGUCUGGCCUUUGUGGGUUACGAGUACGAUCUUUUCGGUCAGCCCAGUGCUGCUAACCUGCAAUCCAACGCCAUGGCCAAGUUCCUGAAGCUCAACGGCCGAAUGUUGGAUAAAGAGCGCAACCGACACCUGGCUCACCUGAAAGGUCGUCACAUACCCCUCAAGGAGGGCAGCUUCGGAGACCACGCGGAAGCCACGAGGGCAAACUCAAAGUCACACGGUGGACUCCCUGCUUGCACGCAGGCGAAAGUGGAAAAGUAUGGCAAAGUCUUGGACAUGUGCGGCUUGGGUGACAAUGGAUAUUUCGGGGGGGAAGAUAAGGCAGAAGCGGUAUUCGAGGCUGAGCCCGCGGCUCAAGGCGGCCACUUCAGCUAUCCUGCGGUAUCGGAUGUUGAGAACGGGUUCACCUUUUCCAACCACUGGCUGAGCAAGUGA